GUAAAAGCAACGGUGCAAAACACGGUGUUCUUUCGUCUUGAGAUCAAAGCGUAAGACAACACCAACUUUAAGAUUACACGUACUUAAAGUUUGACUAAGCAGAAAUGGGAGAGAGAUUUUGCACGAUCUUUCUGCUGAGUUUAGCGGCGGUAGGGACACGGCCUUUCGGAGUACACGCUAUAACAGAGGUGUUAGCUGAAGGUGUAGGAAGAACAAUAGAUUGUCCCCGCCCCCUGGUACAGCGGUUGAACAUCACCUCAGCCCGGUACGGUACUGGGACGUGUGAGUCCCCUGGUGCCCUACAGACACUACAGACCCGCUGUGGGGGACGGUCGACCUGCUCCGUACGGGCCGGGGACGAUGUGUUCGGAGACUCAUGCUCGGGGCAGUCGCGCCUGGAAUUCAGCUACGACUGUUUGAACCUUCCUGGAUAUCACGGCUGCUUUAGAGACUACCGCUACUAUAGGGCACUGAGAGGUACCAGGUUGACUUCAGAUAGCCUGACUAUCCAGGAUUGCUUGAAGAGCUGUCGGAACCGUAAUUACAAGUACGCCGGUGUGGAAUAUACUUACGAGUGUUUCUGUGGAAACAACGAGGACUUCGGCCGCCAUGGUGAAAAACCCAUGUCCGAUUGUAACUACCGAUGUAAUGGAGACAACGAACAGUACUGCGGAGGAAGCUUGCGUAUUGAAGUCUACGAAAGUUCCAUGGGCCAGUACGGCGCUGAUCUGACCCUGGACGGGUCCCUGCACUACGUGUACUCCCCGGACUUCCCCGGCCUGUACCCGCGAUCUAAGACAUGCCAAUGGACGAUCCGUGCCCAAAACGACAAAGUCGUCAAACUGCAGUUCGACCUGUUCAACUUGGCCUCAGGGGACGUGAUUGAAGUUCGGGACGGUACAGAGGAAUCCCAGGACCUGGGUCUCACCGAGAUCGGCCAUUGCGGCCCUAUCCACCUACCUAGCAACAGCGGAGCUGUAGCUGACCCGUAUACAGGUAACGUAGGUGUGGGGGAGACAGCACUGGUCAUCUGUAACAACCGGAGGCUUGUCUGGGUCAGGUGUGAGGAGGACCAACGGUUCAACGAUACAGGACCCUACUGUCAAGAAGACACGACGUCGACAGCUAUUUCCAGCACUGCGUUAUCCACCCGAAUGUCGCACCAUUCUUUAGCUACACAAGAAGGAUUUUCAACUUCCCUGUAUCCACCUAACAACGCUGGUCAGCAAGGACAAGGGACCGGAAGUACCGUGACAUUUAUAGCGGUGGGCGUGGCCGUGCCCUUGGUUGUCAUAGCGACAGUUGUCGUGGCUAUCGUGCUGUGCAGGAGGAACAGAAAUACAACCUCGAAGUCUCCAGGCUUGGGACAAGCCAGUCACCUUGACAGCCGUGCGAGUGCGCCACCCAGCGGAAGUGUGGGGCUGUCCAGCCUUGGAGCCCGAUAUGUCGCAAAUGGUGGGGCUGAGGACCUGGACCCGAGCGAGCAUCUCUACGCCGUACCUGACGACGACAGGGCAAGUAAAGCUGCAAAACCUGGACGUGGUGACCAGAACAAAAACAGACCACCUUCCCCUCUUCUCAGUCAGAACCAGGACGAAGGCUUUACGGAGAAUGACCUGUACGAGACUGCUGAUGACGUCACGACUGAGGUGAUGUGCGAGUCGUCGGCGGACUGCGGGUGGAACAGCGCAUGCGCCAACGGCACGUGUUCCUGUCAUGGCGGAUUCUCCAGCUCGGACGGUACUUUUUGCACAGACGACCUGUGUGGUGGUGGCCACUGUAUCACGUGCUACGACGCCGUCAGAUGCCGCAGGUGUGUGCAGGUGGUCCUGUCGGCCUCCGGCAGGUGUGUGACCACCUGUAGGUCCCAGGAGAGUCUGCACCUGGCAGGUGACGGGUACCUGGGGAGAGUGUGCGCAGAUCCUGAGUUUGAGUCGCUCCCUGUCGGGUACAUAGCUGUGAUUGGCGUGCUGGGCGGACUGAUACUGGUAGCCGCGCUAGUGGUGAUGGCAUGCUGUAUAUACACCAAGAGAACAAAAGGCCGGCUGAACUUCCUUCGCGCCUGGCAGUCCACAAACGUGGAGAUGACCAACAUGAACGGCAAUGGCAGCAGAGCAGCGGCGUCAAUACAGUACGGCUUCAACAACCCGGCCUUCCUUGACGACAGUAGCCUGUCCGUGGCCUUACCGGACCCGACCCAGGCCCUGACCCCCCGGCAGGUCCAGCAGCACAAGGCGGAGUUUUUCCGGCUGGCCACGCAGCUCCGCCCGCAUGUGCAGGCCUUCCUCACCAUGCUGGGGGACGCCAGGAGGAGGCUCCGCAACAUCGGCGAGGAACACAAGGACGCACACGUCUACAGAAUCAUCAUCCGGGACCUUUCGCGAGUGGUGCUGGUACUGAACCGAGCAGAAGGUUCGUCGGUGGAGAUUCCGCGGGACGGGGUGGCGCUGAUGCGGUGGGCCAGACACGCGCUCGCCGCCUACCGGGCACAGGCGGCCCCCUCUGACCCUGCCCACGUCUCCCGGACCCCCAGCGUAGCCGGCUCUACCCGGGUCCCUCCAAACGUCUCCUUCAAGUCUCCGCCCACCCCCGUCCGCACCAACCCUUACGUCACCCGUCACCAUAGUAACCGGUCUGCCUCCAUGGCGAACGGGGUCGUCAUUGGCAACGGCCAUGCGUCAGUGUCAUUCGUUUGACGUCAAAGGCACAUCGUUAAAACAUGACGCCAUUAAAGAUAUUUCCUUUCUUUAGACAAAAUCUUAUCAUGGACGUCUAUGAAAACUGUUUGUAGGCAUGAGUUACAUGUACGAGUGAUACAUGAUACAAAUAGUUAGUAUGUGUUGAAAUUUCGUAACGGUUAUACGUCAGGGUGGAGAUUGCAAUCUGGUAGGAUCCCAAUCGGGGUCUGUACAUUUAAAGGCUGUAAAUUAAAGAAAAUUAAAAAAAUAGAUUGAAUCAAAAUUUUCCCUCCAAAGACUUUUUCAACUUAGUUUCAUGUCACCUAAGAUCAAUAGACUGACUUGAAGUUUAGGAUUUAUAAAUGGGAGAUCACUCCAAUUCUAGCAUCGUGAUCACGAUCUCUAUAUAGAGACACUCCGAUUGGGAUCUGUGCCGUUAGAAUCGGCGAUUCUGCCAGUUUGCGAUCUUUACCCUGACAUAUCUAUCUAUAUAUCGAUCUACACAACGUGAUAUAAAUGUUUUUGUUUUCUUCUCUAAGUUGAUGUCUAGCUUGUGAAUUGUGUAAUACUAGUAGUAACAUCAUUCAAAUGAAGCUGUUCAUUAUUUAGGUUGUAGCUAAGAUGUCAGCAAUCACCUAUGUAUUGUCUCCUUAAUGCAUCCACAAAAUAGACUAUAAAGUUCAGCAAAUCAUAAGAAUAUAUUAGGAACUGUAAGAUAACGAUGUUGAAAUAUCGAAGCAAAAACUGCCCAAAAAGAUGGAAAUAGCAGCCUGGGAAGGUUCGUUGUAACUGGAUUCCUAUUUUCUUAUAUUUUUUUAAUAGAGAUUAUGUUGAAAUAGUCUUCCUAUAUGCUUGCUUCACCAUUUUUAUCUAAUUUUCUACUAAAGACCUCGAGAUAAUAGAAGAAAUAAAUAUACUCAGCAUUACAUGUUGUUAACUGUUC